AUGUCUUCCCCUGGUACCAUUCGAGUUGCCAUUAUUGGCACAGGCUUGAUUGGCCCUCGACAUGCUGAAGCAGUUGUCAAAGAGCCUGAGACCGAUCUAGUUUGCAUUGUAGAUCCGAAUCCUGCAGCAGCUAGUGUUGCACAGAGAUUCGAUUGUCCUUUAUUUGGAUCGGUCCAGGAGAUGCUUGCUUCGGACUCGAAACCAGACGCAGCCCUAGUGUGCACACCAAAUCACACUCAUGUUUCCGUGUCGAAGCAACUACUUGAAGGCGGUGUACAUGUUCUAUGUGAGAAGCCAAUAUCAAUUGAUGUCGCAAGUGGUCAAGACUUGAUACGCUGCGCCCACAAAAACAAUCGCCGCCUGCUGAUCGGUCAUCACCGUCGUUUCAAUAAGUAUGUAAGGGCUGCAAAGCAGGCAAUCCCAUCGCUAGGUCGCCUCGUUGCCGUCAAUGGGUUGUGGACGCUAUACAAGCCAUUGUCCUAUUAUGAUUCGCCAACGGAGUGGCGAAGACUUGACUCUGCAGGUCCUAUCCUCAUCAACCUCAUUCACGAAGUAGACAUCCUUCACUACCUUUUUGGUCCAAUCGUUCGAGUAUAUGCCGAAAAAUGUCUAUCCCAGCGAGGAUAUGCGGCGGAAGAAGGCGCAGCAAUAACGCUCAGAUUCGCUAGCGGUAUGGUAGGGACAUUCAUCUGUUCAGAUGCUGUUGUCUCCCCGCACAACUUUGAAGCCGGUACUGGUGAAAAUCCAACAAUACCAAAGGUUGGCGAAGAUUUUUACAGGGUUUUCGGAUCUGAAGGAAGUCUAAGCGUGCCGGCUAUGACAGUAUGGACAUAUCCGGAUGGGAAGCAGAGUUGGACCGAGCAAUUGGAAAACAAAAGUCUCGAAGUAUCUGAUGACAGAGCACCCUUUGAGCUACAGAUCAAACACUUCGCCAAUGUCAUCAAAGGACGAGAGGAUCCUAGUUGUUCAGGUAUCGAGGGACUUCGUGCGUUGGCUGUCUGUGACGCUGUUCGAACAUCGAUGAAGGAGCAAAGACCUGUAGAUGUAGAUCUAGAAGAUACGCCCCUAUAG